AUGGCCGCUUCCAGGGAGACCCCCAUCGAAGGCUUCCUCAAGCCACUCCACGUGAAUCUAGACCAGAUCCACGACCUCUCCAACAGAUUCCUCUCAAACUUUCAUAAACUUGCUGCGGAAUCUACAGAUCAGUUUUUGGGCACACCCAUUUCGGAGUCAAUCCUGAGACCAGUGAACAAGAAAGCUCAAGGACGUGGUGGUACGAACCUGCGGGUCGGUUUUGUUGAGUUCUGUGGACAGGACGCUACCCAAGCACCCAAUGGCGAGCAGCAAAAUGGUCUUGCCAAGGAACAACCUGAACGCAUCAAGCGGGUUCUAGAGAGAUCGUGGCCCAUCGCCAAUCAUCUCAAGAACGAGAAUGCCGAAAGGCUGUUUUUCUGGAUAGGCAGUUGCAUCGCCCAAGUUGUGCGAGAGGGCUGCAAGAAACUGAACUUGCCUCACGACAAGCCUAUCCCCUUAGGCGUAACGUUCAGUUUCCCAAUGGAGCAGCUGUCUCUCACCGAAGCCACGUUGAUGUCGAUGGGCAAAGGAUUCAAUAUCCCAGCAAAUCUUGACCUUGCAUCUCGAUUCUUGGCUGGCUACGCAAAAGCCAACGACGGCAGCCUGCCAAAACUCACCAUUGCUGCUAUCGCCAAUGACGCUGUCUCGACUCUCGUGUCAUUCAUCUUUAAGUACGAUGAAAAGCUGAAGAGGAGGGCAGCUAUGGGUAUCAUCCUCGGUACGGGCAGCAAUGCUACCGUGCCCCUUAAACUCAGCUCUCUGCAUCCAAGCAAGCGCCCUGCAAAUGUGAGCAUUCUUCCCGGGGAAUCUCUAGAAGACGUUAGGAUCGCAGUGAACACAGAGUGGAGUAUCAAUGGCACCCUGCCCCCGAUGAGAGAGCUGGGCCUCAUCACUCAGUGGGAUAAGAUUCUGGACGCGCAGAACGAGACCCCCGGCUUCCAGCCCUUGGAAUACAUGACUGCCGGCCGCUACCUCGGUGAACUGGGACGCAUUGUUCUGGUAGACUACAUGACCAGUGUCAUGAACAUCCCUCGAGAUACGCUGCCCCAGAAGCUGCUCCAGCGGGAAAGCGUGACUACCACUUUCGUCAGCAACUUUAAACCUCUGGAACCGUCGGUUCUGGUUAGAAAGCUUAAGCAGGAGUUCCCAGAGUCAACAGCCGGGAGCCACUUUGCCUGGACCGAAGAACUCGCCGAGGUCCUGUACAAGAUAUCCAAGGCCAUUGAGAUUCGAGCAGCUGGCAUUAUUGCAGCCGCUACCGUGGCCCUGUUGAUGGUGGCCGAGGAACUCCCACAGGAUGCUUCAGGCCUGAGACCCAACAUGGAAGAGCUGGGCGUGGGUUACACUGGCGGCUGCAUAGUCCACUUCCAAGACUAUCUCGCAGAUUGCCAGAAGUUCCUGGAUGACCUUCUGGACAAGCGAUAUGGCGGCAACGGAACACAUGGAGCCAAGGUGGUACUGAGCCCCUGCCAUGAUGGAGGGAUUGUAGGCGCUGGUAUUCUCGUCGAGGCUGCGAUCCCAAGUGAGAAUGCCGAGACUUGA